AUGGAGCACCCGCCACAACACGCCAGCCAGCCUCAGGCCGAUCAGCAAUCAUCAGAUCAAAGCACGGCAUCUCUCUGCCUCCGCACAAUCUGGCUCUUCCAAGCUAUCGUCGCGAGCCCGAUCUUCGUCAUCUUAGGGAUCCAGGCAAUAAUAAACAUGUUCCACACCUACACGACCCUUUACGAAUUCAUCACCCACCUCUGCACCUCCUUGCUGGCAGGCACGAUUAUCUUCCUCGUACUAGUACAGCGCAAGAUGCCCGCCUCGAAAACAACCACCAUGCAGACACUCAAUUUUGAGGCCGGCAAAGCGUUGUGUGCGGAGUUGCUGUGGUUGUGGUUGCUACUCGACGCCAUCUUCGGGCCCGAAAGCCAUUAUGGGUAUUAUGACGGAAGAGGGAGGAGGAUAGCGGUCGCGGUCAUUACAGUCGUGCCUACUGCCCUCCUGUUCUACCCGACCGUCUUUUGGGCUGUACGAGAACAUCUAAAGGCGAUACGCGAAGAGGCGGCGCCCACAAGCGAGCAGACGCCCUUGUUGCGUAACCAGGAGGCUGCAUAG